AUGGAAGAUGACAACUACUAUAUCUCAUUGUGCAAAAAUCCCAUACGGUUUGAGCCUUUCAGCAAAUCCAACAACGUCUUCUUUGAUGAUGCCAAUAAACAGGUAUUUGCAGUUAGAUGUGGAGGUGCCAUGGGUGUUAUUAUGAAAGGACCAGAGGAGAAAGUUUGUGUCUCUUUUAGGAUGGAAGAUCGAGGUGAAAUUGUGUCAAUCAAAUUUUCACCAGAUAAAAGAAUCCUAGCAGCGCAACGUUAUCUCAAGUCUGUGGAAUUUCUAAACUUUCAAGAGGAUCUCACUACCGAUCAACAAGAAUAUUCUCAGGCAUGUAAAGGCAGAGCUACGGAAAUCAGAGGGUUUGUGUGGAGUUCCACUAAUGAAAUUGUAUUUAUCACAACCGCAGGCUUGGAACAUUAUCAGGUCAUUCCUGAGAAAAGAACUCUCAGAAACCUGAAAACAUUAAGCUUACAAGUGAACUGGUAUUUCUGGCUGGCUUCUAGCAGCAUAUUGCUCAUUUCUUCAGGGACUCUAGGAAAUAUACUACAUCCAUUUCAGUUCAAACAGCCUGGGGUUAUGACCAGGCUUCCCAAGUUUGAAGCAGAUUUGCCUGCUGGUCCCAAACCACAGAAGCUGUCACUGCUAGACAGGGAUGUGACAAUGGCAGUUAUAUAUGACCAUCUGUACGUAGUUGUAUUACGUCAUCCACUGAACGCCUCUAGUGGAGCAGAAAUUGUUCUUUAUCAGCUUCAGAAAGAAAGCCCGGCCAGAAAGACUGAUGUCCUGAAGCUGGACAUGAGUGGGAGGUUUGCUAUCAAUGUGGUUGACAACCUCAUCAUGGUACACCACCAGGCAUCCAAGACUUCUGUCAUCUUUGAUAUACAUCUGGAUGCCAAAUCUGAUGGAUAUGUCAACUACCAUUACCCAGUGUUGUCUCCCCUUGGAAUCAAGCCCUUCAAAUUACUGCUGCCUUCUGUUAAUAUGCAAGCUGGAAUUGACAAGACUGAAUACAAUUGUGAACUCUAUUCUGCAAAUUGGAUUGUCUUUCAGCCUGAUAUUGUCAUUGAUGCAAAGCUCGGUUGUUUGUGGACACUGGAGUUAAAUCUGGCUCCCCUUGUGACCAUGAUACCUGAUAAGGACAAACUGAUUCAGUUCCUCUUAUACCGAACUGACAGCAAAAGUGUGAUACUGUCAGUCUGCGCCCAGAUGUUGGUGCCAGGAAAACAGGCCAGUUUGCAAUCCCUGGCCAAAGUUUAUGACAUGUUAAAUGUAACAUACAAACAGUUUCUCGACACAGAAACACAGGCUUCGGCAGGUGAGGCUUCUAUCAGACAUGUUAACAGCAAAGUGGUGAUUGAGCAGUCUGACAUGUUCACUCACGUGUUCUCUGUGUUUGAGGACUACAAGGACAUCAAAUAUAAGUUUGUGGUUGCCGUGCUAAUUGAGUACAUCCGGUCCCUCAACCAGUUUAACAUUCCAGUGCAGCAUUAUUUAUAUGAACUGGUGAUCAACAUACUGGUACAAAACAGCUGUUUCUACCAGUUACACCAGUUCUUGCAGUACCAUGUGCUCAGUGACUCCAAGCCUCUGGCAUGUUUGAUGCUGUCACUAGAAUCAGUUUAUCCACCUGCUCACCAGCUGGCCUUAGAUAUGCUCAAGAGAAUACAAACGGCAAAUGAAGAGAUUAUUGAAGUCUUAUUAUCCAAGCAGCAACUUCUUCCCGCAAUCAGGUUCAUUCGCAGUGUUGGGAUUGUAGACAACGCCCAGUCUAGGAAAUUUCUAGAAGCUGCACUCAGCACAAAUGACAAUAUGAUUUUCUACACUGUUUUCAAGUUUUUUGAACAAAGAAACCAGCGGUUAUGGGCAAACCCAAGGUUUCAACAAGGUGAACACUGUGAUCAGUACGUGAAGCAGUUUGAGGCAUUGUUUGGAAGUGAGUCUCUGAUGCCUUUACAACCAGUUCAGUGA